AUGGCUACGGAUUCCGAAAGGCAGUUCCUUUGCCCCAGGUUGAUCGACUAUCUUACCAUUGUCGGGGCCAGAAAUACACCUUCUUCUGUUAAGCAAAGUGCCAGCAGUCCUCAUAUACAGGCUCCAGAACUCUUACGACGCUACCCGAUCCAAGAUCACAAAGAUUUCCCGAUGCCUCUGGAUAUGGUCUACUUUUGUCAGCCGGAAGGUUGUUCUUCGGUGGGACCCAAACGUACAGCCUUACGAGAAGCCUCUUCGUUCGUGUUCACUUUGACCGACAAAGAUUCCGGCAAAACGCGGUACGGAGUUUGCGUCAACUUCUACAGGUCCGUCGAGAAGAGUUCGGGAUUGUUUGGAUUGAACAAAGCCAGAGCCAAUACCGGAAUGAGGAGAGAUUCGUGGAGAAAGAGCAUGGAGAAAAGUUCGGAUUCGGCGUUUUCAAGCGACUAUAGAAGUAGCAACAUAGGACCAAGCGACUCAGAAAAAGAUUAUCCACCCAGUAGACGUGACUCCGAAUCGACUGCUCCAAACACUCUACCAUCGUCGAGACUGGCAGUUGGAGGCGGCAACGACUCAGAAAGCGGCGGCAGUCAUUCUCCGUCGCCCAGAGCCAGCCGUCGUCGACAAAGGAUCAGAAAUCAUUCGCUGACGUCGCUAUGCAUCCUGUCGCAUCAUCCGUUCUUCACCAUGUUUCGAGAGUGUUUGUUCAUUUUGAAAAAACUAAUCGACGCGUGCAACGAGUCGUCCAAUCCUAGACGAGUUGGUGCAUCGAAACAAACAUCCAGGGAUAGUGUUUGGAGCGUACUGACUGGACUGGCUACAGAUGGAGCUUCGUCCAUAGUGCUUCACGAUGUUCGGGAAAUCGAAACCUGGAUUUUGAAGUUGUUGUCAGCUCCAGUGCCUAUACCUGGAAAAACUAAAGUCGAAGUUGAAGUACUAUCUCCCAGCGUAUACGAACCUCUAGUAUUCGCCUUACCGAAUCACACGCGAUUCACCCUAGUCGAUUUCCCAUUACACUUACCCUUAGAACUACUAGGUGUAGAGACUUGCCUCAAAGUCCUAACGAUAAUCUUACUAGAAAACAAAGUGGUGUUUCAGUCGCGAGACUACAACGCACUUUCGAUGUCCGUGUUGGCGUUUGUGACCAUGAUUUAUCCCUUAGAAUAUAUGUUUCCUGUGAUUCCCCUGUUGCCAACUUGUAUGAGCUGCGCAGAACAGUUGCUACUCGCACCUACUCCGUAUGUGAUAGGCCUUCCUGUUAGUUUUCUGAUGUAUAAGAAAAACUUCAGAUUGCCAGAUGAUGUGUGUUUAGUGGACUUGGAUUCAAACAAAUUACACUCCCCCACUGAAAUUCCGCCUCUACCUGAACCGGAAGGAACUAUAUUGAAGAAUCACUUAAAACAGGCGAUAUCAAAUUUGUCGACUCCAAGCAAUAACAGCGCCCACCUUCAACCUUCAAGAAGAAACAGUAUUACAACCUCGCCUAACACUUUAGGGGUUGGUGGUUCUACCUUAUCAAAAUCACCUGAAAUGUCCUCACCUUCAGCUGCAUCACCCAACCAGAGAUUAUCGUUAACACCCCAAUCACCGAUACCUCCACAAAGUCCACGUAUUUUUUCGCCAACCACUCAACAAGGCUUCAACCCGUUUAUUUAUGGAAACGAUGUUGAUUCAGUGGACGUGGCUACACGAGUGGCAAUGGUUCGUUUCUUCAACUCCCAAAAUCUUUUGGCCAACUUCACCGAACACACCCGGACAUUGCGUUUAUACCCGCGCCCGGUGGUCGCAUUCCAAAUAAACAGUUUCCUAAGGUCCCGUCCUAGAGCCUCGCAGUUUCUCAACAAAUUCGCUCGGACCCAAGCCGUUGAAUUUUUGGCCGAAUGGUGUCUAACUCCCACCAACGUAGCGUUCCAACGAGUCCACACCGGAGUGCUGGAUCCGAGUUUGAUAGGUGACAAAGCCAAAUGGUUCUUGCAUCAAUUGGAACCCAUUAAAUUCGUUGUUUGGGACGAUGGUAGCUCGUUGAAUGGUGCCUUGAGGAGUAUUCAAGCUCAAGAGAGUCAACCUACCGACGAGAGCGGUUCAGAUUCGGAAGAAGGCGAAAGCACUAGCUCUAGUUAUUCGUCUCUGAGCGAUUUUGUGUCAGAAAUGGCUUCUUCUGAUCUAUCGCCUGGAUAUUUGUCGUAUCACGACCAAAGGAAGGCUUCAGCUCAAAGUAUGACGUUCUCAUCAAACAUCGACGCUGAAAGCAUUUAUAAGCCUCCUUCUGAGCUCAAAUAUCCUGAUGGUGAAAUGCCUACAGCUGCAAGACCUGACUCACCUGCUUCAUCGAGUUCUUCAAGCUCCGACUCUGAUCUGAGCUCCCCAUCGUUCAACCGAGACUCCGAAUUUGAGUUUAACAAAAAAGAAAAGCUCAACAAUGAAUCUGAUUCAAACUCUACCACCACGCCGAAGACGAUUGUCAGUAACAACCAAAAAUCCGACAAUUCAUCGGCAGACGGCGACAAUAAAACGAUAACGGCCAAAAAAUCCAGAAAAGUGCCUCCCCUCACGCCGGCGCCGUUGCAAAAACAGCCCAGCGUUGGCAACGUUUUUUCGAAAACUUCCAGCGUGGGCUCUUCAGGUACACAGAGCCCAGGCGCGCUGCAUUCGGCAAGCAGCGUGGGAAGUGGAGGAAUCACCAGACAAAGCUCACAAAACUCCUUAUUCGAAAGGUUCGCUUCUGAGGCAAAGGAACUGGUGCGAGAAACCACUAGGCAGAGUAGUCAGGAUGGACUUUUGGCUCAAAUGGAUAAGUUGAAAACACAAGCUAAAGAAAAACUUAAUGAAGCUGAGGAAAGUCAUAUUUUUGCUCCCUUUGACAAGCUGACAAUUCAAGCCAAAAAAGCAGCUGGAGAAGCAUCAAAAAGCGUACAGGAAGCUAGCAAAACAGCUACAGCUAUGAGCAAAAACACCAUAGACGAUCUCACUUAUGUUGGCAAGUCUACGUUUGGAGAUUUGACAAAAUCAGCAAAAGAAUCUGUGGCAAUGAAGCAUCUGUUACGAGGUGACUCUUUCAACAAAAACGAUUCGAGACGCGAAUCAACAACAAGCUCGACAUCGAUGGUAGCUCAUUCGGCUCUGGCAGGCGCCGGUAGAGAUUUUUUCACAAACAUUCAAUCCGACUUGAACGGUUUGGCUUCGAGCACUACCAGCAUGUUCACCGAUUUAUUCGGUAGUAAAAAGGACAACGCCAGGCAGGAACCGCUAACGCAAAAACCUAAAGAAGUCAAGACUAGUUUGUUUGGACCUUUCCAGAGGGGGUCCAAAGGGAUUGUGGAAAAGAGUCCUUUGAUCAGGCACGUGCCUAAAAGACAGGACGAAAUGCAGAGGAGGCAGAGCAUCGAUAAAACCACUACGAACAGUGAUAAUCAAGCGUUUCUUAAAGAUAUUGUUACUAACGUUUUGGACGGUGAAGGUGUCGGCUGGCUCAAACUGAAUCGCCUCAAAAAACUAAUGGAAGAAGAAACCUACCGAAAUUUCGUUUUGGGCAAAAUCAACAAGACUUUCGACAAAAAAAUCGCACCCGACGACCACAUUGACGAUGUGUGCAUUCCAAAACCAGUCUGGAAAGGUAUGCUAAAAAUCCUCCAAGCCGUGCAACACGGCUUGGAAGUAACCUACAGCAAUUACGGUCUUGGUGGUAUGGCUUCGGUGUUCCAAAUGCAAGAAAUCGCCCACACGCACUAUUGGACUAAAGAUGUUGCUGACCCAGGUUUGUCGUCUGAUAUUACGCAAACUUCCAGUCCGAAAUCCCCUCAAAGUCCACGAUACUCCUUGCAAUCUUCAGAUUGGGAGAAUGAAAGUAGAAAAUCGUCUCAAGCAGAACCUCCAGAAGUUCGAUUAAUCCAGGAACUUGAAUCAGACAAAGAACAAACGACCACAGACAUAUUCAAAGACAUGAUAACUCAAAAGAAAAACCUAUUGUUAAGCAAACUAACAUCUUUUGAUUCAGAUCUCGAAGGUACUCUUCAAGGUUCAGGCGGUACCGUAUCCCCAGGAUCAAUAACAGCGGGCCCUGCCAGUAAUCUGCACAGGGGCGGCAAUCAAUCAUCGUUCAGAUCUACAGUGUCAGACACUGAAGUCGAAACCCUUCAAUUCCCGAAGCUCCCAAAACAUCGCACCUCGAGCGUCUGGUCGAGCAAAUCCUCAUUGAGCACAGGAUUCCGGUAUCACGGAGGUCACAUUAUCAAUACGGUGACCUCCCCAUCGCCCGACACUAUCCGAACUUACUUGUUCGAAGGACUUUUGGGCAAAGAACGUUCGAAUUUGUGGGAUCAAAUGCAGUUUUGGGAAGACGCUUUUUUGGACGCUGUAUCGCAAGAACGCGACAUGGUUGGAAUGGAUCAAGGUGCACGUGAAAUGAUGGAAAGAUACAAAGGGCUAAGCGAUACGGAACGGAAACGGCUCGAGCAUGAGGAAGAUAGACUGUUGGCCACUUUUCUUUAUAAUUUGACUGCAGUAUUGAUCAGCCUCAAUUGUAAUAAGGAGGAAAUUAAGCGGAAAAUUCGGAGGUUGUUGGGGAAAAGUCAUAUUGGACUCGUUUACAGUCAAGAGAUUAAUUCUUUGCUGGAUCAAGUUCAGAAUUUGAACGGUAACGAUAUCGAUUUGAAACCGCUGGGUUCGCGUUCGAUGCACCGUCAAAGUUUCACCGUGCACCACGGCACCGAUUGCACGGGCGAUUUGCGUUUCAUGGAGGUCCGAGACGACGGUCUGGUCAUAAGAUCAGUGAACGGGAUCAUCAUUGAGCGAUGGUGGUUCGAACGGCUCGUCAAUAUGACCUACAGUCCCAAAAACAAAGUGCUCUGUUUGUGGAAACGGACUGGAGGACAGACGCAAGUCCACAAAUAUUAUACUAAGAAGUGCAAGCAAGUUUACUAUUGCAUAAAAGAAGCAAUAGAACGUAGCGGUUCAAUACAAACAGGUCCGGAAUUGGGUGGUGAAUUUCCUGUACAAGAUAUGACGACAGGAGAAGGUGGGCUGUUGCAGGUUUGCAUGGAAGGAGUGGGCCUUUUGUUUGCCACCAGCAAGUUUUUCCAGUUUUUCAUCCGAUUGUCACACAUUAAGAAAUGCUACACGCAAAAGGGCAGCGUUUUUAUUAUCGAGGAGUUUAAUCCGAAAACUCGCCAAAUAAUUCAGAGGAAAUACAAAUCGCCCAUGGCAGAUCAAAUUUGUUACUCAGUUCUCUGCGUAUUCUCCUACAUAGCGGCAGGCAAAGAGGGCAAAGAAAAAUUUAUCAUGCCCCAACCACAUGCGAAGCCCCACCAACUCAAACUCGAACCACACGUUCCGGCAAAAACUCACCUUCAACCGACUACAACUCACCUUCAACCGACUACUACCGCCGACCCGCCAGGUUCGAUCACCCCUCAAGGUGGACCGCCAACUUAUCCACCUCCCGCCUUACCCGCAGGAGUGCCGCCUCCGGCACCGCCGCCUUUCAACCCGAAAGUCUUAACCUCGCAAAUGUCGAUGCCGGCGAAACCGCCGCCUCCUAUACCGAGUCGGAGCAAGUUGCCUUUCAGACAGGCGUCGGUUGGCGUGCCGCCGCCGCCUCCGCCGCGUCACAAGUGA